CAGGGCAGGUGCACCAGAUGGAGCCUGUGUCAUUACAGACAUUUGGCAUCCGAUUAGUAAACCUAGAGCGUUGUCCGGUCAGAGUAAAGCAGGAGGAGGAGCCGAUUCUAGAGCUCUGUGCUGCUGUCACUGUCACAUUCUGUGGUGCACACUCGCUUUGGGCCUGCGUCACAUGCAUCCGAAUCUGUAGUGCUGCAGCUCAUCUACGGUAUUCCUCCUGACCUGACUGGAUAGAGGAUACGGUCGUUGUGUGAGGUGCUGUGGUUGCAGGGAGAACCCACUUUAGCUCUCUUCUGGUCUCGUCAGACAUGUUGAUUACAUGGUGGUAUUUAUAUAUUACAGCUCGGAGCAUCCUCCAACAAACAUUGAACAUGGCCUCUAUCCUUCAGAAGCUCUUGACCCCCCUGGUCAGUGGGAACCCGGAGCCACCCAGGAACAAGGUGACGGUGGUGGGGGUCGGACAGGUGGGCAUGGCCUGUGCUGUCAGCAUCCUGCUCAGGGAGCUAGCUGAUGAGCUGGCAUUGGUGGACGUGAUGGAAGACAAGCUGAAGGGAGAGAUUAUGGAUCUGCAGCACGGCAGCCUCUUCCUUAAAACACCCAAGAUAGUCGCAGGCAAAGACUACUCUGUGACGGCUAACUCUCGCAUCGUCGUGGUAACGGCGGGCGUACGUCAACAGGAAGGAGAGAGCAGGUUGAAUCUGGUUCAGAGGAAUGUCAACAUCUUUAAACGCAUCAUCCCUCAGAUCAUCAAACACUCCCCACACUGCAUCAUCAUCGUGGUCUCUAACCCAGUUGAUGUGCUGACCUAUGUGACCUGGAAGUUGAGUGGCCUGCCCAAGCACCGCGUCAUCGGCAGUGGCACCAACCUGGACUCCGCCCGAUUCCGUUACCUGAUGGCAGACAAACUGGGCAUCCACACUUCCAGCUUCAACGGAUGGAUUCUGGGAGAACACGGAGACACCAGCGUGCCUGUGUGGAGCGGAGCUAAUGUAGCAGGCGUUAACCUGCAGACGCUGAACCCUGACAUCGGUACUGAUGCUGACCGGGAGAACUGGAGGGAGAUGCACAAGCAGGUGGUCGACAGUGCCUAUGAAGUGAUCACGCUGAAGGGCUAUACUAACUGGGCCAUUGGCCUGAGUGUGGCUGACCUGACCGAGAGUCUGAUCAGGAACAUGAACAGAAUCCACCCUGUCUCUACCAUGGUCAAGGGCAUGUACGGGGUCAAGGACGAGGUGUACCUGAGUCUGCCGUGCGUCCUGAACGCUGGGGGCGUGGCCAGCGUGAUCAACAUGACCCUGACGGAUAAUGAGAUCGGCCAAUUAAAACAGAGCGCUGACACAUUGUGGGGCAUACAGAAGGACCUGACGGAUGUGUAACAGAACAACAGGGGGCGCCACACUCCACUCACCACCAGGCUGCAUCCCAAUAAUAUCUCCUUUGUCCUUAAGUGUGGACUCCUUCACAAUUUUCGAAUCUACAAAAUGUAUCUAAUCUUACCUAGAUUCACACAAUCCAAAAGCAUUGGAUCGCUGGAGGCAUGGGCCAGUGCGAGUUUACAUCAGUCAUUUCCUUUCAAAUCAAUGAAGGGAACUAGUGCACACUUCUGGAGGAAGGAUAGAUAUUUGGGACAGAGCCCCACUCUCCUGAUCACCUAUAACGUAUGCCACUUAGAAAACAAGUCGCUUUUAUCCAAAACGAAUUUCAGUACAGGGAAUGCAUAUAUUUUGAAUGUGUAUUUGUUUCCUGCGGUAAUUCCCUUCAUUCAUUUUAAAUGUUUGAACUCACACAUAAGUCGUUCUGGAUAAGAGUGUCUGCUAAAUGACGUAAGUGUAAAAUGUACCUGAAACUUUUCCAUUGCUAGCACUGCACUACACUCUUAACUGGGCUACACAGUAAAAAAAAAAAUACUCAACUUCCAAAAAUACACUGUCAGUGUCACUGCUCCCAUUUUACACUCUAGUACUGUUCUUAGCUUCCCUGUUAUCUGGGAGGGGGUUUGGGUCACCAUGGAAAUAGGAUCUAGUCCUUCUAUUUCUAUGUUGGUCUCAUGGGCACUUGGUUUGAGGGUUACUCAUGACUGCUUUACUGGAAAAGGGUCAGAUUACAGAGUAUUUGGGUUGGUGAACAGCACUAUUAAAAAUAACAUUUAUUCAGGUGUGCGAUCAGCAAAAGCUUCAGUCAUUUGUCCUUGUCAGAAUGAAGAGAAAUACAAUCUGUCAAUCAUGUUGUUUGAUGUGUAAAUGAAUAAAGCAAGAUUAUUUAUUGG